CGCUUUGAGGACGGAAGACUUGAACGGUUAAGGAUCCGUAACAAGGCACAAUGGCUAUACAGUUAUUCAUGUCAGUCGCCCUGUCUGAUGUUCUUGACACCAGUCUGACACCAGCCAUGACAAGCACUUUGUUCAACUGUGUGAUACAGUGUUACUCAAGCACUGGAUGUUCCUCCAUCUUCUACAACAAAGCGACUCACCAAUGUGCAGUGUCAUCGCACGUAUAUCGACAUGGUGACAGUGUUCUAGCAUCUUCCACGGGAAUGAAGUUGUACACUUGGAAUCAAGCUGGAUGUCCGUUAUCAGCGGGCUGGGUUUACCACCGUCCCUCAAAUCUCUGCUACAAGCUCAGUGAUUACAAGGUGGACAUAACUACGGCGGAGACCGCGUGCAGAGAUGCUGGAGCGAGACUUGUUGUCGUUGACACCGCCGAGAAGAACGCUCAUCUCCUAACAUUACAUCCGACUUCAGUUGAUCGUUCUUGGAUUGGGCUUCGCAAAAUCUCUGGAACUUGGAAAUGGAGCAAUGGAGAAACACUUGGGCCUUUCAAUGCCUGGAAAAGAGAUCAUCCACACAAUGGCAAGGAGUGUGGAGUUUUGUCAGGGUACCUUCAAGGAUGGUCAUCAUUUCUUUGUCUAACUGGUACUAAUAUUAACUAUAUAUGUGAUAAAGAGGUCAAUUCUUAUUCACGUCUUAAGCUUAAGACGUUAAAGUGAAAACAGAAAUGUAAUGUUUUGCAUUUGGCGCAUUAGUUUCUUUGUUCCUUAGAAUGAAAUCACGUGCGAUCUCAUGUAAAAGCCACACAGAUUCUGAUGUCAUUAAAUCUGUGAAACAUAUUUCCGCCUCAA